AGAACUUUGCUGGGAUGUAAAAGGGGAAGAGGAGAAUAAGGAGAAGAAUGUAGCAGGAUAAGGCAAGAGUGAUCAGACAAAAAGGGCGCUAUGAGGCGAACAGAAGCACCAGAUAAAGCAGGAGUGCGCAGGAUGGAGCUGGAAGGAGUGUCGGUGCAGGCAGAGGCGCGGGGAGGCAAGGAGUGCACGAGAAGGCUGCCUGGUGCCUGCAUGCAUCAAUAACCUCGACUCCCGCCUUCGUGAGAGCGGCCACGGAGGAUAAUGCUCAUUUAGGAUCAGUUGUCAGUGGAACACAAUGGUUAAAUAAUGCUCGGCUGAGUCUCCAUUAUGUUCCCUGCCCACCACAAUCGUCGGAUGGGCGGCGCGGGGGGGGGAGGAGGGAGAGUGGCGGGGAGGAUGGGGGAGCCUGGAUUGUAAGGUUUGUCGUGUAAGGUUCACUUCCUCGGUUCACUGUUUCAAAAGGCUCGGAUUCACUUGGGUUAAGAUGCAUGAAUUCGAGAGGUAAUUUGUUGACUUUAUAAGUGUGGCCGCGGGGCUUUGUGCGUGUGGCGCAGUGAUGGCUCGCCUCUUUGUUAGAGUGACGUUACUUAUUAGGAAGGGGAUGCGAGUGCUGCUGCCGCGCCUCCUGCAGGAAACGGCCCCCCUCCUGCUGUCAUACGCCACCUCGGCAGUGUUGCUGCGCCGCGCCCUAAAGGUUCUACAAAUCGUGUGGGCGUCACCAUGAGUCAGCCGGGCCUUGCAGGGCAUGGCGGGCCUCGUGGUCCUGGGCGGCCGCCUCCCGCCGCCUCGCCGCCGCGGAAACAAAAACAACGGCCCGUUAUCGCUGCUCGGGAUCACCCAAUUGUACAGAGACAAACAAACCCAAGAUGGGCGUGUUGACAAAGGGCCUAUAAUGCCGGGUAAGUGUUUUAAGCGCAUUAGCGACCCUGCAGGGAGUUGGGCCUGGGGAGGGGAGGGGAGGGAUGCCCCACACAUGGCGUCCUGCCCGGGGCUCGUCACGUAACAAAGCAUUCCUUGUGAUUUGCCGCAGAAAAUCCGGUGUAAUUAACUUAAAACAGAUUUUAUGGUGUGCGCGCUCGGCUCUCGAUAAAGGGAUGGAGGUUCAUUUAGCAGAAAAUCUCACCUAACUUAGGCGGCCGACUCCUCUUUUUCGAUUCCUAUCUUGUAGGCUUUACUUGGUGGCCAUCACUUAGCGGCGGCCAAUCACGGGACGCGGGAGGAAGGCGGAGCCUCCGGGUAGCCAAUGGAGGCCGGGUCCCGCCCAAGACCCGCCCCGGCGGCGGGGUGGGCGUGGUGGGCGGGAGGACUGGCCAGGCCAGCCCGACCCGACCCAAGCCAUUCACCUCCCAGUGCGAGGCCAGCGAGGGCGUGUGAGAGAGAGAGUGUCGCCCGCACGGUCACCGUCGCACGCCUUACACCCGCCGCGGCCGCUGCUGCUGCUGCUGCUGCUGCUGCCGCCGUCGCCGCCGCCGCCGUCACCACGGCCCCUCGCCCGCCGCCCGCUGCCAUGACCGCCCUCGAACUGGAGGUGGACCAGGAGGAAGAAAUCAACGUGGACGGGGACAGUCGUCCCGGUUCGCCCGCUCCCCGGUCCUGCCCCGCCCCGCCGGGACCCGCGGGCCGCCUAAGCCGCCCACCGCCGCCCGCCUCUCCUUUAGUAUCUCGGCGCUGCUAGGCGACAAGGACCUCGGCAGCGACGAGGAAGAUCGCCGCGUUGAAAGCGACGACGAUGACGACCACGAAGACGACCACGACGACGAUGAGAGCUACGAGGAGGCCGCGGACGACUACCACAUGGCUUACGGUGCCCUGGGAGGCUUGCCACCACCCUAUGGUCCUCUGGCGGGCGGCGCCCCCACAGUGCUGCGUGUGCCGGCACACCGGCCCGUGGGCGUGGGCUACCCUGGGCUUGCGGGCCUGGGGGCGGCACACCCGUGGCUACCCGGACUGCCCGUGUCACCCUUCGACAGACCCACCGCCCUGGCGCCCCACUACCCCACCCUCGACAGGCUGGCAGGGCCGUUCCCGCUAACCCGCCGCGUUGGCCACCCCUACCAGUCGAGGACACCACCUAAACGCAAGAAGCCGCGCACUUCCUUCACACGAGUACAGGUGAACGAGCUGGAGAAGAGGUUCAACAAGCAGAAGUACCUGGCGUCCAGCGAGAGAGCCCAGCUGGCCAAGCAACUCAACAUGACAGACGCGCAAGUCAAGACGUGGUUUCAGAAUCGCAGGACAAAGUGGAGAAGGCAAGCGGCAGAGGAGCGCGAGGCGGAGCGACAGGCCACCAAUAGACUCAUGAUGUCCCUGCAAGCAGAGGCACUCUCCAAGGGCCUCCUCACAGACCCACCCACCACGCCCCUCUACAACUCCAACGCCUCCCUCUGCGCCCUCGAGAAUAUCAAACCGUGGGCGGAGAGGAACAAACCCACGCCCACACCCACGGGAACUGACCAGGAUUCCUACGGUAGCACCCCCGUCGUGUCGCCCACGUGUUCCUGAAGCUACCCACCGCUCCGCUAAGGGCUUCACUCACCUCCCGCGCUCAGAUGAUUUGUUUCAAUGCUCCCCAAAGGUCUGAAGUUAUCACCUCCGUUUUCUUUCUUUCUUUCUUUCUUUUUUUUUUUUUUUUUUUUUGUGUGUGUAUUCUAUUUAUUUAUUUAUUUAUUAUUUUUAUUAUUUUUUUUACAUAAUAUUCAAUUUUGAUCCAGUCUGUCACCUGAGUUUGAAGACUACUUCAUUUUCUUUUCGCAUUUUUUUUUUUUUUUAAUAUCUUACUGUGCAUUUUGUGAUUUUUUUUUCUCAAGUAUGCAUGAGGAUCGAAACAAGUGAAUCCAGUUUCGAAACUCAACGUUCACUUUUUUUCCCUUCAUCUUUCGUAGUUCACUCAGAAGUUUUCGGACUGUUUGGAGGUUAAUUUCCGGGACAUUUAAGUGGAGGAAACUUCAGACCAAAAACAAUAAAUAAAAAAAAAAGCAUGGGGAGACUAAUUCUGGGACGUCAGCUGAAACAAAGAAAAGAGGGUGUUGCCAAACUUAAAUCAAUGGAGCUUCGAACUGACGAGACUUUGCAUGUGAGGCUCCGAAACACAUUCAGAACACAACCCCCAUUUUAACGAGGCCAAAAAAAAAAAAAACAAGAAAUAUAUAUAUAUAAAGACUCUUCCCUCCCCACCGACUUCGUUCAAUAGAAGUAGAGGUCUGGGACACUGCCUCCCUGUUUGCCUGUGUCUAGGAAGGUGAGGGGAGGGGGGAGGGGCGCACCACUACCUAUCCGAGUACCUGUGUUGGACAUGGGGACACGUGUGUAGAAUCUAUACAGUAAACACAGAGUGAAUAUCUUCCUUGAAUGAACCUCAUUUUAAUGCCAAAUUUGCUCACCUAACAAAUCCAUAACCUUAUAAAUAACAAAUAACGGUUAGCAUCAAUAAAACUAAGAAUCGGAAGACCUUCAAGUAUCACGAAUAUAACUUAGGAAAAUAUCGACAGUUAGAACAGUUACUCAUUAAUGACACUUAACAGGUGAGCAUAAGAAAACACCUGUGAAGUCACUAAAGACGGUAAAAAAUACGUUCCUCUUUCGGUGUUACUGAAGGGAGAAGGUGUCUGUUGGGUGUGCAAGGGCGGCAAGGAAAUGCGUUCGUUCUUCCCUACCAUUGUAAUGAGAUCCUGUACUGGGGUUUGCUACACCAUAUAAUAUAACGCACCACUGGUUGUCCGUUGUCCUCCUGCCGCUACAAGAGUGUAUCAUGUCCUCGCUACGUGUUCACUGUCUCUCCUCCUUUACUAACAUGCUUCACUUUUUUAUAUAUUAUUUGUUUCAUAUAAGAUUUUUUUUUUUAAUGUUCAUGUUUCAUACUUCUCUCUAAAGUUAUUAAUUCCAUGUCGCAUUUUGUCUAUUCACUAUAUUUGUUACUAAACUAGAGAAAUAAUCACUUAGUAUUUUCUGAUAUAAAACUAUUAGUCUUCCGAGAAUCUUAUGCUUUAUUUAAUCUUCAGUUUCAAGUAUACUUUUCAUCUCAUUAUUUACUAACAGCUCCUUCUUAAAACUCCGUACAUAAGCAAAUACAUGUACAGAGUUAAACAUUUUCUUUUCCCUAAACCUUUCCUUCAAUCUUCAGUUUAAUUACACUUAUCCUUUCAUACCUUUGCCAGCCAUUCUCCUCGAGCACUAUACAGAGAUGAACCAAAUACGUGUACAGAACUGGUCUUAACUUAACCCCACCUCACCCACCUCACCCACCAAGCAUCCCAGCCAACCCUCAAACCCACAAGUCUCUCCGUAACGGCUAAUCAAACUUGAGUCACGUCAGUGUGAGUGUGUGUGUGUGUCUUAAAUAAGUUAUCUCAAUGUUUUAUCUGGUGACGUGAGCCAAGUUAAAGUGUUCGCGCCAUUCAUGUCUUUGUAUCUCGCGGCCAUAGAGGUGUUUUUACUGUGGCGUCUGUUUUCCAGUCUCCUGUGCCAGCCAGCUAGAGUUCGUGACAGUCUGGCAUUAUUUAGCCUCUCAUUGUGUAAUAAUGAUAAUAAUGAAUAACAGUAAUAAUUAUAUCAACGACUUUAAUAAUGAUGACAGGGAGUGGACGUGGACCUGUGUGUGUGUGUGUGUGUGUGUGUGUGUGUGUGUGUGUGUGUGUGUGUGUGUGUGUGUGUGUGUGUGUGUGUGUGUGUGUGUGUGUGUGUGUGUGUGUGUGUGUGUG